GCGACACCGAUAAUCAAGAUGUGAUUACUACAUAAAUGCCUCCUUGGAUCGUUUUUUAUGCUUAUUUUCCAUGAAGCAUCUCAUUCAAUUCAUUCCAUCUUUUCUCCGAAAAAUGGCAGACCCUGCUGCCAGCCAGAAGCCUGAAUUCCAGGUGCCAACCUACACCAUCAGCUAUGCUUCCGAUGGCACACUUCAAUUCGAUCCACCGCAAGGCUCCGGAGAGCUCGCGAUUGCUCUAAGUAUCCAUUUUCCAUUGCAGAAAACCCUCGAGGAGAAGCUACGAGCAGCACAACUCUCUUUCCUGCGCAGCCAGCAGCUGCAAAUGCCUGCAGCAUCGCAAGAGAUUCUCACCGCAGGCCCAACUGCAACAUUAAUUCAGCCUCAAACUCAAGGAGAGACCUCAGCUACUCGGGUCGAACAAGUUCCGCAAGAUGACGCACAAUUUCACCAGUUUGACUCGACCACGCAAGAAUCCACAACAUCUUCGCAACCAGCCAAUCAGUCCAACUCGAAAAAGCGACCUAGAAAGUCGCGCGCCAAAGCGGCAACACAAGCGAAAAGCUCAUUCUCGCAGAAUCAGCAUGUUUGGGAUCUCAAUUCAGGAGAAACGACACAGAAGAGGACCAGAAGAACCCUCGCAGCAGAGGAAGCGAUACAGGUUGCCGCGAAUCGAGGAAAUAUCUGUGACCAUCACAGGGCGACUAGAACGAAGUGUGACCCGACGAAGUGUCCUGACAACAAAAUCUUCCGGCAAAGCAUGCUUCCACCUCCUUCGCCGCCUUCUGAUGCUUCUAUUCCGAGCUUUUUGAGUAGUUCAAGCAGCUGUCACCGGAAAGAAUGCGCAGCUGCAGGAACCCCUUCGCACCCCCCUGAUCUUGACCACCUGGCUCCUGGUAUAAGACUAGUUGCCAACCAAAACGCUGGCCCUGUGACCACGGUUAACAGACCGGAAGACGCUCGUUGGAGGGAUAACUUGGGAGCGGUCGAUGCAUCUAUCUUUCUCACGGUCUUUGAAGCUUCACCUCCUGGGUAUAGCCUCGAUUCCAGCUCAUAUCAAUCCUUUCCACAUAUCCCUUCGCCUUCUAAGUACAACCUCGAUUCCGGCUCAUAUGAAUCCUUUCCACCCCCGCCUCCGCAACCUCGGCGUUACAAUCUGGAGAUAAAGGCUGAUGGAGAUAAGAAGAAGCAGAAAGAGGAACCAGCAGCAGCUUAUCCUGGCGGCAUGCCUGAAGAUGAUAAUGGUGGAGAUGAUAAUGGUGGAGAUGGUGGUGGUGGAGGAGGAUUCAGCGGCAAGCACCACGGUGGAAAAGACAGCGAAGAAAACGGGGACGGUGGUGCUUCUGGAGGAACAACUGGAAGUGGAAGCAACGGGUCGUCCUGGAACGACCCAUUUUUUGGUUUCAGUGGGGAAAAUGGAUGGUAUUCCUCAAUGGUUGCAGUCUUCAUGCUGGUAUGGCUUGCAAUGCCUAACGGCAUGCGGACUUCCUUAGCGAGAUUACAGUCUUUGGUCAUGGAGACUCCCUCUUCGCUGGCUAUUGCUCCUUUGCAAGAGGACGCACAUCUUGCGGUGCACGAUGGACCUGCGGGUAUACCACCUCAGGUACCCAAAGGCUGCGUCAUCGGCACAUCUUCAUCAGCAGCCUCCAUUUUACUGGACGCCAUCUCUAACUGGUCUUACUUUUGUCUACUAAGUUCAGCUAUACUUUGACGACAGUGAAUCAACGACAGAACUAUUUGGCAUAGGGGUCGUUUCUACCUCGCACUUUCUUUACUGUUGGUACUGCUACGGCUUUCUAAAGUUGGUAAUUAUAGUAGGAAUCUGCAAUUGGAACUUUGAAGGCCCAGGUCCCUUCACAUAUCUUAGCAUAUCGUUCAUAUACAUGGUCAGCACUUUCAAGCUUUCUGGAACUGCGGCAAGGCCAGAUGUUAGGUGAUCCCAUUUGUCCAACAGCCGUUUGACCUUCUCUGUAUCUCCAUCCGCCGCAGCCCGUGCAAGG